UAAUUAACAAUCGUUUUUGAUAAUCAAACUCAAGCAAAGGAAACAGUUGCUACAGCAAGAAGCACAGCGGUCUUUUCCCACAAUUAGUAAAAAUUAAUAAGUGAUAAACAUGGCCAGUCAAGAGGAUUUCAACAAAGCCGCUGAAGAUGUCAAAAACUUGAACUCUACUCCUAGCGACAACGAUUUAUUGGAAUUAUACAGCUUAUACAAGCAAGCAACAGUCGGUGACUGCAAUACUGAUAAGCCGGGUUUCUUGGAUUUCAAGAAUAAAGCCAAAUGGGAGGCCUGGAAUAACCGUAAGGGUAUGACAAACAAUGAUGCAAUGUCUAAGUAUGUUGAGAAAGUGAAUUUGCUUGUCCAAUCCCAUGGACUAAAGGCUUAAAGUCUUUAAAAAAAAAUACCUAAACUGCAAUACGAAUGAUUUUUGUAUAAGUUGGUAAAUCUUAUUGGAACAAAUGGAUUAGAUAUUUUUAUUAUAUAUUUAUUAACGCACAUUUUAUAGCACAUUUAGUUAUAUAUAAAUGCUAAAAGCUUCAAUUAUAUACUCUGCAAUAUUUAACAUAAAUGAAAAUGCAUUUUUUUGUCAUACGAUUUAUAUACAAAACUUAUUAAAUUAUAAAAUGAAUUUGUAAAGACAUUUUGUAUUGUUGCACAAUAAAAUAGUAAUGCACUUUAAUGCUUGUAGGUAAAGAA